CCGAAAGUGUUAGGUGCAUCUAAGUUGACAUAUCGGUGAAAAUAUUUUUAAUUUUGUUGUGUGUUGUAUAUAAAUCAAACAAGUGUGCUAUUACGAAUAAUUCCCGUUUAUGUUUGAUCCUUCUGCUGGAGUAGUCGGCUGCAUCAAGGGCGAUUUUAUAUGGGUAGAAAGCUAAGUGCGUGGAAAAGCUGGUGGAUAUAGAUGAGAGACAUGUUGAAAAUGAGACCAUAUGUACCAUCCGAUCGGAUAGCAAUCAGGGACAGUAUAGACGAGGAGUGCAGUGAUGAUAUUGAAGAUGAUGUAUUCAUUCGGGAUGGAAAAUCGGGAAAGAACAAUGAGGAAAAAGGACUAAAACGGCCACUAAUGGCACCUCGAAGGAAAAACAGUAAAACGCCUAACCCAAUACCUAUAAUGAAAAAGCAUCGGCGAUGUUGGAAAUGCUGUGAGCCAUUCUGCUAUGGCCUAGCUGCAGUUGUAAUUUUAGUAGCCCUUAUCCUUCUGGCCGCCCUUCUUCUAACGAUGUUUCCGAUUCCUUUGCAAAAAAUCAAAGUGUGGCUUCGCCGAGAUGUUCCUUUGAACGCACAAUUAGCUAAAUUCGAUAUUCUAAAACCAGAACAGGUACCGUGUUCUCAAAUAAGCGUGCAACGAGUAUGGAGCACUCCAUUUGUGAGACUGAAUAGUGAAAGCCCUGUGAGGAAAGCUGAUCUGAAUGGGGAUAAAAUCGAUGACAUCGUGUUCGGGUACGGUAUCGAUGAUUCGAUUCCGCGGGAAAAUUACCUUAAAUGCGUAUCCCAUCGACUGGAGACUGAAGUUCCUUGCGAGGGUGGAGUUUUAGCUCUGGAUGGUGCCACAGGAAGGACUCUUUGGCAAAGAUGGACCGUAGCGAAUGUGUUCUCGUUAUAUUGCAAUGUAGACCUUGAUUCUGACGAAAUUAUCGACUGUUUCGUUGCAGGCGGUGGUGGGCUCAUAUCUGCUAUCAGCGGUAAGACUGGGUCAGUAAUUUGGGAAUUCAAGGAGCUCGAGGUUGAAACCAACUCUCCAAUUUUAACCGACUUGUACACUAUAAGUGCAAUACGUGACCUUGACUCGGAUCAAGUUCCUGACAUUUUGGCUGUGCAUGUAGAGGAAAGAGAGACAUCACGAGCAGGGCAUAUAAAGCUGAUAUCAGGGAAAACAGGGAAAGUCAUUCGCAGCAUUCCGACACCAUUCCGUCAGGAGGUUUUCGUUCCUAUACAAGUCCUGAAUGACCUGGACGGAACGGAGCAGCUUUUAAUUGUCACUGGAGGGCAGAACACUCCAGGUGGCCUUUAUAAAAUUCGCCUACACUCGGUCAUGAAUUACUUCAGCUACAAGGAAUUCUUCCCUAUCUAUCAAACGGAGUCGACAGGAUUUAUGGUUCCUGCAGUGUUAUCCGAUAUAAAUGGGGACAAUGUUGCUGACAUUGUUGUCUCUGCAUUUAAUACAACUGUGUAUGCAUUUGAUGGAAAAAACGGAUCAAUACUAUGGUCGUAUAUGUUCCCGACAUCAGAGAGUAUCAGCUCGAUAGUUCCAGGACAUUUCGAUAGUGACAAUAUAACCGACUUUAUGGUGAAGUACAAUACAGGAUCUGGUUUUCCAGUCUACUAUUAUUCGGAAACAACGAUAUUGAGUGGUGCAUCAGGAUUGCCAUUGUUAGACGCUAUGAUGACCGAUUCUGGGGGCCCCAAUGGACUGUUAGGUGGAAUAUCAGUUUCGCAGACUUUUGGAGGAGAUAUCUUCCUACACUGGCAGGUUCAGUGUCGCGGAAAGUAUGAUGCGAAAGAUGCUUACAUUUUCAUACCAGACAGUGACAUAAUUUUGCAAUCAAGAGCGGAUACAUGUCUCUUGCGCUACAACACAUCAACCGUGCUGAAACUUUACGCAAUCACUAGGCAUAUUGAGCCACCUGGUGCUGUCAUAUUCAGUUCAGAUGACCUUAAUCUUCGACUAAACCGCACAGAAACUGCCCAAACGCAGAAAAAUUCAAAAUCUCCGAUUAAACAUCCAAAAAUUUUAAAGAAAUUAAUGACAAAGGAUCAACCGCCCCCAGUUGAAACUCAAUCGCAGGAACAAACGACCGUACAUUCUACAGAUAAAAAACGGAUCGAAGUACCAAAGAUUCGUACGAAAUAUCCAAGGCCUAUCCUUGAUAAUAAUUUGAUGAACUCUGUACAACAGGAGGUGGAAUCGGUCUAUGAUCCGGUGUUUUAUCGACCCUAUGCGAAUCAACCAGGAAAAGAAUUUAAGGACGAUUACGAAUCUGAAGGUAACGCAGAAGAAUACGAGCCCAUGUACAAUGAUGAUCAGCAACGACCUAUACACUUCCGCAGUAAAUAUCCGAUAAAUAGAGACGUCCGCAGUGAAAGCGUUGAAAUCGAAGAAGUGCUUUCCAAUCAAACAAAGGACAAGGUACGACCCCAUUCCAACACCAAUGAAGAACCGUACAACUUGUGGGAUCUUGAGCUAGAGAAAGAGGAAGAAGACGCUGCCAAAGAAGCUCGAACCCACGAUUACGUUUCGCGACAAACUCGCGAAAGUGACGAGAAGCAAAACUUUCUACCUUCCAUCUCAUCAACGGGGGUACUGACAGAAUCUCUUGACAAAUCUGCUAAUAGUUCUAUAGAUUUUGUGUUUGUUUUAAAUGUUCGAGAGUCAGAGGUCUAUCCACCACUACUUCUCCCAGAAGAUGUUCAUUGCUUGGACGAGAAAAUGAAUGGUUAUGGAAGACUACCCAAGGAAGAACUGGAGUCACUGCAGAAACAAUACCUGAAGCAAUGUCUCCAUUCUCGUUUACCAAAUAUGGAGCCAGACUUGCCACGCUUUGAAUCCCAAAUGGUGGUGACAAGGAUAUCAAUAUCGUGUACCUGCCGUGAUUUACAAAGGAGUGAAGUGUGUUCCCGUAUCGAAAGUAUGGAUAAGCAGAAAUGGACAGAAUUCAUGGGUAACUGGGGAAAUGGUAUAUUUUAGAAAGUGUGAAAGUUGAAGUUGAAUCCAAAUGAAUUUUAUAUUUUCUAUUUUCUUCUGCAAGUAGAGGAAUACAUAUGUACAUUAUUGUAAUCUUUAUUGCAAUUGAAGAAUCUAAUAACAUUUCAUUGUAAAUUUGCGAUGUCUGUACAAAUAGACUAGGAUAAUCUACAUAAAUAAAUU